CGCCUUGAGCCUCCAUAGUCAAUAGCUCAGAGAAAUUCAUUCAUGGCGCAGUCUCUGGAGCUAUUGCUUAUACAAUUCUUGAUGCCUGACAAUGAUGCUCGGCGUCAAGCUGAGGACCAAAUCAAGCGGCUUGCUAAAGACCCUCAAGUGGUGCCGGCUUUGGUACAGCAUCUGCGCACUGCCAAGACCCCCAACGUCCGCCAACUAGCCGCCGUGCUGCUUCGCAAGAAGAUCACAGGUCAUUGGGCCAAGCUCUCUCCCCAGCUCAAACAGCUGGUUAAGCAGUCCCUCAUUGAGAGCAUUACAAUGGAGCACAGUCCUCCUGUAAGGAAAGCAAGUGCCAAUGUAGUGAGUAUUGUAGCGAAGUAUGCUGUUCCAGCUGGUGAGUGGCCUGAUUUAUUGCCCUUUCUGUUCCAGUGUAGUCAGAGUGCACAGGAAGACCAUAGAGAAGUGGCAUUGAUUCUCUUCAGUUCUUUAACUGAAACAAUUGGGAACACGUUUCGGCCACACUUUGCAGAUCUGCAAGCACUUUUACUCAAGUGCUUGCAAGAUGAGACUAGCAACCGUGUUCGAGUUGCUGCACUCAAGGCGGUGGGAUCUUUUCUAGAAUUUACCCAUGAUGGGGAUGAAGUGGUUAAGUUUCGUGAGUUUAUACCCAGCAUCCUGAAUGUAUCACGGCAGUGCCUGGCCUCCGGAGAAGAAGAUGUUGCUAUAAUUGCGUUUGAAAUUUUUGAUGAACUGAUAGAAUCUCCUGCACCUCUUCUUGGAGAAUCAGUCAAAUCCAUAGUGCAGUUCUCCCUUGAGGUUUGCUCAAGUCAGAAUUUGGAAUCUAACACUCGUCAUCAGGCCAUCCAGAUUAUUUCUUGGCUGGCAAAAUACAAGUCUAAUACUUUGAAAAAACAUAAGCUUGUCAUCCCUAUUCUACAAGUUUUAUGCCCUUUGCUUGCUGAAUCAACAAAUGAGAAUCUAGAUGAUGACCUCGCGCCAGAUCGAGCUGCUGCUGAAGUUAUUGAUACUAUGGCUUUGAACCUCUCGAAGCAUGUUUUUCCACCAGUUUUUGAAUUUGCUUCUGUAAGUUGUCAAAAUGCAAACCCAAAGUUUCGGGAAGCUUCUGUCACUGCUUUAGGUGUUAUUUCAGAAGGUUGUUUGGAGCAUAUGAAAAAUAAGCUCGAACCUGUUCUACAUAUUGUCCUGGGAGCUCUGAGGGAUCCUGAACAGAUGGUGAGAGGGGCAGCUUCAUUUGCUUUGGGUCAGUUUGCUGAGCACCUGCAGCCUGAAAUUGUAUCCCAUUAUGAAAGUGUUCUUCCUUGCAUCUUGGAUGCCCUUGAGGAUGCAUCUGAUGAAGUAAAGGAGAAAUCAUAUUAUGCUUUGGCUGCAUUUUGUGAGAACAUGGGUGAGGAAAUCCUUCCUUUUCUAGAUCCUUUGAUGGGAAGACUGUUGGCAGCUCUCCAAAAUAGUUCACGAAAUUUGCAGGAGACAUGCAUGUCUGCAAUUGGUUCUAUUGCAUCUGCUGCUGAGCAAGCAUUCAUUCCUUAUGCUGAAAGGGUUUUAGAGUUGAUGAAAAACUUCAUGGUUUUAACUAAUGAUGAAGAUCUCCGAGCACGUGCAAGAGCUACUGAACUAGUUGGAAUUGUUGCAAUGUCUGUAGGGAAAAUGAGAAUGGAACCAAUAUUACCCCCUUAUAUAGAAGCUGCAAUAUCUGGUUUUGGACUUGAGUUCAGUGAACUUAGGGAAUACACCCACGGGUUUUUCAGUAAUGUUGCAGAGAUUUUGGAUGACAGUUUUGCACAGUAUCUUCCUCACGUUGUGCCUCUUGCAUUCUCUUCAUGCAAUUUGGAUGAUGGCUCAGCAGUGGACAUUGAUGAUUCUGAUGAUGAGAAUGCCAAUGGAUUUGGAGGAGUUUCAUCUGAUGAUGAAGCUCAUGAUGAGCCGAGAGUUCGAAAUAUAAGUAUUAGAACUGGUGUUUUGGAUGAAAAGGCAGCCGCAACUCAAGCCCUUGGCCUAUUUGCACAGCAUUCAAAGAGUGCUUAUGCUCCUUACUUGGAGGAGACACUAAGAAUCUUGGAGAAGCACUGUGGUUAUUUUCAUGAAGAUGUUAGACUUCAGGCAGUCAUUGCUUUAAAACAUAUUUUGACUGCUGCACAUGCAAUCUUCCAAAAUCAAACUGAAGGAGCAGUAAAAGCAAAAGAAAUUUUCGAUAAAGUGAUGAAAAUUUACAUCAAGGCUAUGGUUGAAGAUGAUGAUAAAGAAGUGGUUGCUCAAGCUUGCACAAGCAUAGCUGACAUCAUUAGAGAUUAUGGUUAUUCAGCUCUCGAACCUUACUUGCCCCAGCUUGUUGAGGCAACUUCAUUGUUGCUUCGGGAGGAAUGUGCUUGUCAGCUUGUAGAAUCAGACAGUGAAAUUGAUGAUGAUGAUAGCGAGCAUGAUGAAGUGCUUAUGGAUGCAGUUUCUGAUCUUUUGCCUGCAUUUGCAAAGACCAUGGGUUCUCAAUUUGCUCCCAUCUUUGCUCAGCUCUUUGACCCUUUAAUGAAAUUUGCUAAAGCUUCCCGUCCGCCUCAAGAUAGAACCAUGGUAGUUGCUUGCCUAGCUGAAGUGGCUCAAAACAUGGGUUCUCCUAUUGCAGGAUAUGUGGAUCGAGUGAUGCCCUUGGUACUUAAAGAACUAGCAUCAUCUGAGGCCACAAACAGAAGAAAUGCCGCCUUCUGUGUAGGAGAGUUAUGCAAAAAUGGUGGUGAUUUAACUGUGAAGUAUCCUUGUUGCUGUCUAUCGGCAUUUCCUUUAUCCAAGACUAGAUACUAUGACAAUAUACUGCGUGGCCUUCAUCCCUUGUUUGGUGAAUCUGAGCCUGAUGAUGCAGUGAGGGAUAAUGCAGCUGGUGCUGUGGCAAGGAUGAUAAUGGUUCACCCUGAAUCUAUUCCAUUAAAUCAGGUUCUUCCUGUUUUCUUGAGAGUACUUCCUUUAAAGGAAGACCAUGAAGAGUCUAUGGCUGUUUAUAGUUGUGUCUCUACUCUAGUAUUAUCAUCCAAUCCUCAGAUCCUCUCUCUAGUACCUGAGUUGGUUAACCUUUUUGCUCAAGUAGUGGCUUCACCAGUUGAGACUUCUGAAGUCAAAAAUUUAAUAGGCAGAGCAUUUUCUCAUCUGAUUUCUCUAUAUGGGCAUCAAAUGCAACCCCUUCUAAGCAAUCUCCCACCUGCACAUGCGAAUGCGUUAUCAGAUUUCUUCCCAAGGAGUUGACAUGGCGAGACAAAAAGUUUUUUUUCCCCUUUCAUUUAUUCACUACGUGUUAUGUUUUUAAGGGAAUGGUUUGUUUUUAUACAUAUACUUUAUACUGAAGCUGUUCAGCCGUCAGAUAAUAUCAUUACUUCUACCAAGGUUAUCGUCGUGCCUUCUACAACCUUCUCGAUUUUUAUGUAGAGAAGCCUUUUUUUUGCCCUUUUGGUUUAAAUUUUCCUUGUUAUAUUGUCUAUUUUUCUAGUUAAUAUUUAUUAAUGAUUUUCAUGAUUAAUAUUUUGUUUUUCAUGUUGCGUUCAUUUUUACUGGUUUGUGGUGGGACAAGAGGGGUGUCAUCGAGGUUUUUGUAUCAUUGAUCUAAACGUUAGUAGUAAUAUAAUGCCCAGUUUGGUGUCUAGUAUUUUUCA